GCCGCGGGACCUGUCUGCACCCGAGCAUGGAGACGAAGCGCCAGGGAGGGCAUGUUCGGGGCGCCGGAGACACCAGGCCCUAGUAGCUCCUCCAUGGAGCCUGCCCAAAGCCAUCCCUGCUCGCCGGAUUCGCCUCCUGUCCUGUGCGGCUGCUGAGAGCGCUCCUUGUUCUGUAAAGUGGAUGUCAGGUGGAUCUAUGUUUUUGAAGGAACAAAGACUCAGCGAAGGCACCGCCGAGGAAGUUUGAGACGCGGGAGGAUGCAGGCUGCGUGCUGGUACGUGCUUCUCCUCCUGCAGCCCACCGUCUACUUGGUCACAUGUGCCAAUUUAACGAACGGUGGAAAGUCAGAACUUCUAAAAUCAGGAAGCAGCAAAUCCACACUAAAGCACAUAUGGACAGAAAGCAGCAAAGACUUAUCUAUCAGUCGACUCCUGUCACAGACUUUUCGUGGCAAAGAAAAUGAUACAGAUUUAGACCUGCGAUAUGACACUCCAGAACCUUAUUCUGAACAAGACCUCUGGGACUGGCUGAGGAACUCCACAGACCUUCAAGAGCCUCGGCCUAGGGCCAAGCGAAGGCCCAUUGUUAAGACGGGCAAGUUUAAGAAAAUGUUUGGAUGGGGUGAUUUUCAUUCCAACAUCAAAACAGUGAAGCUAAACCUGUUGAUAACUGGGAAAAUUGUAGAUCAUGGCAAUGGGACAUUUAGUGUUUAUUUCAGGCAUAAUUCCACUGGUCAAGGGAAUGUAUCUGUCAGCUUGGUGCCCCCUACGAAAAUAGUGGAAUUCGACUUGGCACAACAAACCGUGAUUGAUGCCAAAGAUUCCAAGUCCUUUAACUGUCGCAUUGAAUAUGAAAAGGUUGAUAAGGCUACCAAGAACACACUCUGCAACUAUGACCCUUCAAAAACCUGUUACCAGGAGCAGACCCAAAGUCAUGUAUCCUGGCUCUGCUCCAAGCCCUUUAAGGUGAUCUGUAUUUACAUUUCCUUUUAUAGUACAGAUUAUAAACUAGUACAGAAAGUGUGCCCUGACUACAACUACCACAGUGACACACCUUACUUCCCCUCGGGAUGAGGAUGAACAUGGGGAUGAGACUGAAGCCUGAGGAAUUAAAGGUCAUAUGACAGGACCGUUACCUCAAAGAAGAAGGUCACAUCUGUUGCCUGGAAUGUGUCUACGCUGCUGCUCUCGUCAACCGGCUGCAAAUACGCUAGUGGAAAACAAUCUGAUGUAAUUUCUGCCCAGUCAGCUUCAUCUCUCAGUAUAGUUGUAAAUCACCACAGAUUUUAAAGUCACACUUGAAGACAUGCUCUCACACGUAGAUGUACACAAACACACACUCCUACACAUUUCAGCUUGCAUCUGUCAUGAUUCCUGUCGAGAGGGCUUUCGUUGUCUGACUCAUAAUGGUUCAGGAUAAACUAUCAUCAAGCAAAAGGAUUAACUUGACAGUGAAUGGAAAUCUCUUUUAAAGUCUUGAGUACAUGCUAAUCAAUAAUCCCCACUCAUGCAUUUCCUACUGCUUGGAGUAGCUGUACUGGUAAAUACUACUGUAGGAGUAUAUGCUUGUUAAAAUGGAAAAAAUGUGUCUUUAGAGCUCAGUAUUCUUUAUUUUAUGAACACAACAAAGUGUAGUAACUUUUUUCCAGCAUACAGUAGGCACAUUCAAGGUGAUACAAGAUGGCUCUUUUUUUCUAUGGAGGGAGCCUGUUCUCAGUAAAGAUGAGCAAACAUUUGGAAUUUACACGUGGGCAGACAUCGGAUUACAGCUUUCAUCACGAAUCACUGGACUUGUGCAAAGUGAAGACCAGCCAAGGUUGCUUGAAACAGGUUCUGAUCAUUAUGUAAGAAGGGAAAUGCCUGACAGACACCAUGUAAGUUAUAAGUGUCUGUCUUAUCUUUACUACACAUAUUGUAACAAACUCAAUACCCUAGUCUUCAUUUGUAUGAAUGGUUUGUAUUGUACAUAGUUUAACCAAGUGUUAUUCAAGCUGCUUAUUAAUAUUAACUUGUACUUGUCUCUCUGCUUGUUAUUGGUUAAAAAAGAAAAAAAAGAUAUGAGGAAUCCAUUCUAUCAACGUAGCUGUGAACUCCAUAAA